ACCUGAGGGUCCUACUCAACACCUUAAGUUUCUUUUAAGGGAGGUAUAUUCCUCCGAAGUCCUCAAUCACAAACCGUUUAUAGGAAGAAGAGGCCCCAUCCCCUGCCGGUCUACACGGAGAUCUUGGCUGCUAACUUCCCACAGACUCUCCAGGACGGGGGCCUCUCUCAUUUGGCAUAUCUUUCUUUUUAAUCUACUGUUUUCAUUUUGUGAAAUUAGCCUUUGGGUGUUUCGAGAAUGGCUUUAUGAACUAAAGCCAUCUGCUAAUAUUGUGUUUCUUGUCUUUUCCUCCAACGUUUUUACGAGCCGUCGAAGAUGGGGUACUUCUCAUCCAGUGUGGUUUUGCUUGUGGCCAUUUCCAGUGCGUUUGAAUUUGGACCCGUUGCUGGGAGAGACCUUGCCAUCAGAGAUAACAGCAUUUGGGACCAGAAAGAACCUGCCGUACGCGAUCGGUCUUUCCAGUUUGUGCCUUCCGUGGGGAUACAGAACAGUAAGUCGCUUAAUAAAACUUGCUGUCUGAAUGGAGGGACUUGCAUCCUGGGGUCCUUCUGUGCCUGCCCUCCUUCCUUCUAUGGACGCAACUGUGAACAUGAUGUUCGCAAAGAGCACUGUGGGUCUAUCCUCCAUGGCACCUGGCUGCCCAAGAAGUGUUCCCUGUGCAGAUGCUGGCACGGCCAGCUCCACUGUCUUCCUCAGACCUUUCUACCUGGCUGUGAUGGUCACGUGAUGGACCAGGACCUCAAAGCAUCCGGGACUCCGUGUCAAACGCCGUCUGUGACGACCACUUUUAUGCUAGCUGGCGCCUGCCUUUUUCUAGAUAUGAAAGUAUAGGUGUCAUGUGAAUUCCAUGCCAGUGCCAUAGCAAAGAUGUCAUUCAUCUUGAUGCUCACAGUGAAUCCCUAAUGUUACCCCUCAAAACACUAACUAGGCCUUACCUCUGCACAGCCCCUCCUCUUUCUGGAAAACUAUGGCGUGUGUGCCAAGCACUGUAACAGCGAGUUACAUUCCUAGCCUAAAAGCUACUCUAAGAAUGUGCUGUCUGCCAUAGCCUGAGUUUCUUGAUAGAAGUAACUCUCUUACUUUUCUUCCUAAGACUUUUAAACAGUUCUGAAGGUUAUUAUUAAAUCCCAAUGUGCAACUGGAAGUAAAUUCAGAGUAGCUGAAAACAGCUAAAUUAUCUUUAAGCAGGGAGGUGGUGGUGUCUACCUUAAAUCAGGCAAAGGCAGGUAUAUUUCUUGAGUUCCAGGACAGACAGGCCUACACAGAAACCCUGUCUCGGGGAGAAAAAAGAGAGAGAGAGAAGAAAAACUAUUAUCUUAAAAGAAAAUUAAUGGACCAGGCAUUGUGGCAGAUGGCUUUAAUCCCAGCCCUCAGGAGGUAGGGAUAGGAGGAUCUCAAGAGUUCAAGGCCAGCCUGGUCUAUGUAGCGAACCCCUGUCUCAAAAAGGAAAAAGCAUCCUACGAGGGAGUUGAGGAAGUAAUGAGGGUCUGUGCAGAGGGAGCAGCAGAUGGGGAAGUGACUAAGACUGGGGAAACAGAGUGGAUUGUUUGAUUGAUGUUUACGGAGGUACUGGGAAUUUAAAAGCUAAGUUCUUCAGCCAAGCACAGUGGUGCACACUAUUAAUGUCAGCUCUCAGGAGGCUACAACAGGACUACUAAAAGCUCAUGUCCAACCUGGGCUAUGUACAGAGUACCAGGCCAACAAAGACUGAAUGGCAAGACCCUCACAGAAAACCCAAACACCCGAGUCUCUUUUCUGCAAAAGUACGAAGGCUUUCUCCAAGCUAUAUACAAUUAUUCAACUGUUGUGGAGGAAAGAAAGUGUUUAUUAUUGUAGUAGUAAACCAGAUUAUAAAAACCACGUAUUGUCAAGUCAGUUUUUAUAAUAAUUGUUCAUGAAUAUGCACAGUAAAAAUGGGAACUCUGAA